AUGCCAAGGUGUAGAUUUGGGUUCUUCCAUGUGGUUAAUAAUGACUAUACUCAUUGGCUUAUGUAUGCCAUUGGGGGCAGCCAGCACCCCACCAUUGUUAGCCAAGGGAACCGUUUCAUUGCCCCUCCGAAUCCGAGCGCGAAACAGAUAACGAAGAGAGAGUAUGCCGAUGAGUCCGAAUGGAAGAAUUGGUCAUGGCGGUCGGAGGGAGAUUUGAUGAUCAACGGGGCGUACUUUGUUCCGGCCGGGGAUCAAACCAAGGGGAAGAAGGGCGAAUUCUCAAGAUAUGAUAUGAUUAAAUUCAAGCCAGGAGCCUACGUGAAAAGGCUUACACGCUUCGCUGGAACACUUGAGUGUCAA